UCCUUUAAGCGUCCACAGGCGGCGGAGCGGCCACAAUCACAGCUCCGGGCAUUGGGGGAGCCCGAGCCGGCUGCGCCGGGGGAAUCCGUGCGGGCGCCGUGCGUCCCGGUCCCAUCCUCGCCGCGCUCCCGCACCCCUGAAGUUUUGCAGCGCCCAGAAAGGAGGCGAGGGAGGAGGGAGCCUGAGAGGAGAGGGGGCAAAUAGCACACCCUAAAACAUUUAUUUCAAGGAGGAAAGAAAAAGGGGGGCGCAAAAAUGGCUGGGGCAAUUAUAGAAAACAUGAGCACCAAGAAGCUGUGCAUUGUUGGUGGGAUUCUGCUCGUGUUCCAAAUCAUCGCCUUUCUGGUGGGAGGCUUGAUUGCUCCAGGGCCCACGACGGCAGUGUCCUACAUGUCAGUGAAAUGUGUGGAUGUCCGUAAAAACCAUCACAAGACAAAAUGGUUAAUGCCUUGGGGAUCCAACCAAUGCGACAAGAUCCGAGACAUCGAGGAAGCAAUUCCAAGGGAAAUUGAAGCCAAUGACAUUGUGUUUUCUGUCCACAUUCCCCUUCCCUCCAUGGAGAUGAGUCCUUGGUUCCAAUUCAUGCUGUUUAUCCUGCAGCUGGACAUUGCAUUCAAGCUGAACAACCAAAUCAAAGAAAAUGCAGAAGUUUCCAUGGAUGUUUCCCUGGCUUACCGUGAUGAUAUGUUUGCUGAAUGGACUGAAAUGGCCCACGAGAGAGUGCCCCGGAAACUCAAAUGUACCUUCACAUCCCCCAAGACCCCAGAGUAUGAGGGUCGUUACUAUGAAUGUGAUGUCCUUCCUUUUAUGGAAAUCGGGUCUGUAGCUCAUAAGUACUACCUUCUGAACAUCCGGCUGCCUGUGAAUGAGAAGAAGAAAAUCAAUGUUGGAAUUGGGGAAAUAAAGGAUAUUCAGUUGGUGGGAAUCCAUCAAAAUGGAGGCUUCACCAAGGUGUGGUUUGCAAUGAAGACCUUCCUUACGCCCAGCAUCUUCAUCAUUAUGGUGUGGUACUGGAGGAGGAUCACUAUGAUGUCCCGACCCCCAGUGCUUCUAGAAAAAGUUAUCUUUGCCCUUGGGAUUUCCAUGACUUUUAUCAACAUCCCGGUGGAGUGGUUUUCCAUUGGAUUUGACUGGACCUGGAUGCUGCUGUUUGGUGACAUCCGACAGGGCAUCUUCUAUGCGAUGCUUCUCUCCUUCUGGAUCAUCUUCUGUGGCGAGCACAUGAUGGAUCAGCAUGAGCGGAAUCACAUAGCAGGGUAUUGGAAGCAAGUUGGACCAAUUGCUGUUGGCUCUUUCUGCCUCUUCAUAUUUGAUAUGUGUGAGAGAGGGGUACAACUCACGAAUCCCUUCUACAGUAUCUGGACUACAGAUGUUGGAACAGAGCUGGCUAUGGCCUUCAUCAUUGUGGCUGGCAUCUGCCUCUGCCUCUACUUCCUGUUUCUGUGCUUCAUGGUGUUUCAGGUGUUUCGGAACAUCAGUGGGAAGCAGUCCAGCCUGCCAGCCAUGAGCAAAGUCCGGCGGCUGCACUAUGAGGGGCUGAUUUUCAGGUUCAAGUUCCUCAUGCUGAUAACCUUGGCCUGUGCUGCUAUGACUGUCAUUUUCUUCAUCGUUAGUCAGGUGACUGAAGGCCACUGGAAGUGGGGCGGCGUCACAGUCCAAGUGAACAGUGCCUUUUUCACAGGCAUCUAUGGAAUGUGGAACCUGUAUGUCUUUGCUCUGAUGUUCCUAUAUGCACCAUCCCAUAAGAACUACGGGGAAGACCAGUCCAAUGGUGAUCUGGGUGUCCACAGUGGGGAAGAACUCCAGCUCACCACCACCAUCACCCAUGUGGACGGACCCACUGAGAUCUACAAGCUGACCCGCAAAGAGGCCCAGGAGUAAGAGCCUGCAGCACCUGGCUGGGACUGUCCCCCACAUCCCAGCCCCUCUAACUAGAGCGGGGAGUGUGCCAGAGAGAGCUCAGGUGCAAAGGAAUGCUUGAGGCUCUUAGCUGGGGUUUCUUCUUGGAUCCGCGGCAUGGACGUUUGUCAGCUUGCCUUCUGACUGUAGCUCUCACAGGAGGAUUCCUGCAGCCACUAAUGCAUUGUGUAUAACAAAACCUCUGAUAUGACACAUUUUCUGUGAUCAUUGUUAAUUAGUGACAUAGUAACAUCUGUAGCAGGUGGUUAGUAAACCUCAUGUGUUGGGGGUGUUUUCCUUGGGGGAUGGUUUGGGCCAGAUGGGGUCUAUAUGGAGUGGAAUUAUUUGACUCUUUUUCCUGUUUUAGAUUCUAGGAUAGAUUUUAACAUUUUUGCAGCCCAGGAUAGGCUGAUGUCAUAGUCUUCUCAAUCCUAGUCUGUGACCACUUGUGGUUUUUUUUUUUCUAUUUAUAUCACCAAGUAGCCUAUUGAGUUAAUAUUUAAGUUGUCGAUAGAUAUGUGUCCCUAUUUUUUUAUGGCAUAAUAUAAAAUAACUGAAUCUCAUGAGAAGGUCUGUUACGCCAGGGGCAUUUCAGCUUUGAAACCAAAUCUGUGUAUCCAAUACUAACCAGUCUGUUGGAUGUGGGUUUUAAAAAAAUGUUUGCUAAACUACCCAAGUAGGAUUUACUGUAUUAAAUGGCCUUUGGGUCUGAAAAGCUUUUUUAACCUCUUGCUUAAAAUGUGUUUUCUUUUGAUAAGAUGCUUCCAGCAGCCUCCAAAAGUGUAGAUCUGAUCAUUUAAAUAAACCUGUACACGUACGCACAUAUGUAUAUGCACACGUCACCCUCCUGCCCUACCAGCACACAUGCCCACAGAUUCUUUUCCCUGCUGAGUCUAUGGGGUGGGGAACGGGUGGGGAAAUAGCUUUAUGAAAAAUUAAAAUAUUUUGCCACCAAAUCAGAGUGCUUGGGGAUGGUAUCUGUGUCUGGAAAGAGGGUAAUAUUUUCUGUGCUGGGUGGUUAACCACUGUCCCCGCUCCCCCACCCCGGCGGGACAGUGAGUGGCCACAGGGGCGGGGAAGGAAAGUUCUAGGACAUACAAGCAGACAGCUGCCCCCACCACCUUAUUCUCACUUCCCCAGUAGCCUGUUUCAUUGUAUUUUACCUCUGCCUUCCGAGAGACAGCGUGGUAUGGCAGAGAGAAAGGAUACUGGAUCUGAUGUUAGAAGGCUCAGUUUCCUGUCAAAGGUCUCUCAUUAACAAUGUGACCUGGUUGAAGCCACCUGACCUCGGUGUUCCCUCACCUACAAGCUGGAAUUCAUAAACUUUAACUGCUUCAUGGGCUUGCGGUGCCAAUUAAAUGAGUUAAAGUAUAUGGAAAUGUCUCUUAAACUCUAAGCCAUAUAAAUGUGUUCUUCCUGGAAUCCAAAAACAAUUUUGUGAGUAUUUUUCAGACACACACUCCUGCAGGUCUGAGUCACAGUCCAUUUAACGUACCCUGAUUUUGGCUAAAGUCAUGCUGAGCCGCGAUGGAAAGAAAUAUACUUUGGCUUUGGCUCUUCUCCCAGGCCUUUUCCUGUCCUGGUAAACAAGGGAUGGUGUAUGAUCCAAUGCCUUCAACAUCCACUUUCUGAUCAACCACUGUGGUGCCAGGAAUUCAGUGUAACUUGUGCCUAGUGGUCUGGAAGGGAAGAUGAACAUAAAAUGUGACUAGUGGUCUCCUCUCCAAAAGGAUGGAGGAAGAGUUUCUUCUAAGGACAUAGGCCUUCAAGGAGUAAGAUUUCACCAAGGUGAAAGGGCAGAGGGAACAGCAGUACCAAAAUCCUAGAGGAUGUGAAGAACAGAGAAUGUUUGGAUGAGGCUGGUCCUCAGGCCUGGCUGGCCCACGGAAGGAGUAAAUAGCAGAUGAGCCCCAUGCACCUUGAGCCCACAAUGGGAAGGGCUUUUAGUGCUGUGGUAAGAGCUGUAGCCCUACCCUAAGGUUUUAGGCAGAAAAGUGGUAAGAUCAGAAUGAACACCAGAGCAUGGAGAAGCUAGAUAAGCCCAGCAAAGAGAUCACAAAGGCCAGAACCAGGGUGAUAGUAGAGGACAUGGAGAGGCAGGGAAUUAUUUGGAGAUAAAACUGACAGGGUUUGAGUGUUCUGAAUGAGAGUCUCAUAAAAGUCGAGAGCAGAGUCCAAUCUCAAGCCCUUGCUGUGUGAGGGAAUGGUAGGGCCCUUGAUGGAAUUGGAGAUACCUAGAGAUGUGUCUGUGGGUCUAUUACUUAAAGGUCUAUAAGUAGUAGAAGACAACUCUAGCAACCUUAGCCAAAAGAAGGACUUUACUAGCACUUUCCUAGAGUAUUUCAUGGAUCCACAAAAAAGUGGAAUUAAACAGAAAGAUGAGCAACUGGGACAACUCUAAGAGACCCAAGCACUAGGAAUCCACGGACCUUUCCCCUAAAGCUGUACCAUUUACAACUAGUCCAAGUCUCUGUCUCACUGCAAAACUAGGAGGGAGUAUGCGAGUGGCUCUGCCUCAGGCAGGUGCCUGUCCUUUCGCCAAUCAACUGUGUUCAGGAAGUCAAGUCAAAUAGCUGCUAGUGGCUCACCCUGUGGAUUGGGGUUAGUUUCCAGAGAAUCCAUUUUGAGCUGGACAAACAGAAAAGAUCUGCCAAAAUGAGGAUGAUGAGCUUGGAUUUGCCUGGGCUGAGUUUUAAAAGCCAUCUUCUGGAAGAAUUGACAAGCCAACCAUUGGAAAUGAAAGGUGAAGCAGACCACCUGGGGUAGGAGGUUUGGCGGUCAUUACCAUCAGGAAUAAGAAGUACAGCUGGGGCAGGGCAUCAAAGCAUUGGGGAAGACAACUGGCAAGAGUGGUGAACCAGGCACAGCUUCAUUAAUAUAGGAAAGAAAGAAAUGAGGUGGAUUACCCAGAAAAAUGCAAGUUGUCAAAGAAGCCAAAGAAAACCAGAUUCACCGGGGAAGAAGUUAGAAAUCCUGAGAUUUGACAGCAUUUAGGGAACGAAACCUGUUGGAUUUGGUGUUCGGAUGUCUGUGACUUUCUCAAAUGGUUAGGACACAGGUUAGAGGUGGAGCAGAAUUAAUAGGUGGUCAUUUUGGGAAGGAAAGAGGUAGGAUUGUUGUCACAAGAGGAACCAGAAUAAAGGGAGGGCUUGCAUGUUUUAGUCUGAGGAGAGAACUGGACUGAGUUUGUAAACCUGAGGCUUAAGAGCCAGCCAUGAAGUCAAGAUGACGAUGAGCUAACAUAAGCCCCAAGGAAGUUCAGAGAUUUGGAAUCAAGGACACAAGCUCGUGGGUUAGUUUCAAAAAGGUGAAAGGUUUCAUCCUGAGACAGGAGAGAAAUAGCAGAUGGAUGUUGGAGGAGAAAGUUGAAGUCCAAAGGAGAGAAAAACUUGCAGCCUGUCUCUCUCUCUGAAUGUUCUGUCUCCUCUGCAAACAUGAAAUGAGUGUUGGAGUUUUACUAAAGAAGGUCUCAGUUUCAAGAAUGCAGGUUUGGGGGCACCUGGGUGGCUCAGUCGGUUAAGCGUCUGACUUCGGCUCAGGUCAUGAUCUUACAGUUCGUGGGUUCGAGCCCCGCAUCAGGCUCUGUGCUGAGCGCUCAGAGCCUGGAGCCUGCUUCAGAUUCUGUGUCUCUCUCUCUCUCUCUGUCCUUCCUCUGCUUGCACUCCCUCUCUCUUUCUCUCUCAACAAUAAAUAAACAUUUAAAAAUUUAAAAAAAGAAUGCAGGUUGAACACAACCAUUUUCCAUCAGUGGAAGUUCAAGAAACUCUUCAAGCAGUGAGAAGAAGCCUUUAUUAAAGACUAGAAACCUAGAGAAAGAAAUUAUUUACUGGCCAUGUAUACCAGUUUUACAAGUUGAUCUGAAUUUUGCAGGUGGCUUUCAAGAGUAUUAUAGAAAAGAAGUAUAAGCUUCUCCAAUUAUCUGGUUUUAAACAGUAAGAAAAUUCACCAACAUUCAGCAAGCAAAUAAAAUACAGUUACUGUUUAAUAGAGAAAACAAAAUCAGUUUUAUCAGUUCAGUCCCACUGAGUAUUCACUAGGUGUUCCUAUAUUUUUCCCUUCCAGGAAGAAAAUGUCCAUAAUAAUGAAGUAAGUGCUUCCCUACAUGACCUCCAGGUAGUUUUAACCUUUCUCGGAACUAAGGUAAAUCACUGCAACAGUUCUGAUGCCUGAGUCCCUGGGUGCAUCUCUCAGAUCUGCUGGGGCCCUUGAAGUCACACCCCUGGCAGGUACCUUUGAGAAGGUUGAAAGAAGUUCAGAGGGAAUAUUGGUCUUGGGUCUCAUUCACACCUUGGCAGUUCUAGAAACUAUGUUUUAUCAACUCUUUCAAACUGAUCAGUCUCUCAGAGACUGACCGGUCAUGUUGGGGAAUCUCAAUAAACUACGAUUCCCACGCAAUCUUUUACAAUGCAGCAUACACACACCUUCUGUGGCUCCAUCAUCCCAUUGUCCAGUAACCAUAGUGGCUGAAAGAGGAAACAGAAGAAAGGGAUAACAUGUCAACCACAAGAAGCCUGAGGGAUCAUCCCUGAGCCUCCAAAGAAAAUACAGCUCCCUCAAAAGUGCUUAGCAUAAUGUGGGAAUUCCAUCGGGGAGGGUUGGUGAACAUACCUUGGCUAAUCCUAAUCUCGGUUUGCUGUGGAAACAUGAAUUCUUUAGGACCCCUAUCCUUUUUUGAUUCAAGCCACCUUUGCUCCUUUCAGGACAUGUUUGUGCUCCUGAUUUGGCCAAACUUACCGGUGCAAACUGACUUUCAUGGGACUGUACCACUGUCCCCUGUAUUUCAAGGUCCUUUCGUCCUGCUGGGCUACAAGAACCAUUCCGAUUUCUGCAAGCUUGCUCUCACCCACCAUAUUUUGAUACAUGACUGAUUUGGUUGUAUAGAGAUAACUUGGUUUCCAAGACUACAUCAGCAGUGCCUUUUCUCUGGACAUCAGAAGGGUCUUCUAGGCACUCCUUGAACUGUCCAGUAUACACAGCUGCCUGUCUGUAGCAAUGCAUUUAGCUUUACUUGUUGAGAAGGCCCUUAAGUAUUGAGACCAGCCUUUCCUUUGUGGCUUUGACCCUCUUACUGAAUCCCUUCCCAUAGGUCCUCUCCCACACUGGGCUGCACUUCUCCAGGUUCAUGUCUCAGUUCCAAAGCUCUUCCUGCAGAUGUGGUUUCGCGACCCUCCCCUUAUGACCACUUGCCUGUUAACUGCACUCUAAUUCCUCACUGUUCCAAAAUGUGAUAUUCAGACUGCAGUAUUUGGCACAGAUUAGCGUGACAAUAAUACUUGUACUGGGGUGUGACAUCCUAAGAAAAUGGCACUAGGUGUUUUAAAAAUAUCUACGUCUUACUUUUUUGCUUCUUGUGACCACAUAACCACUCAAACACUUGGUGUUUCAAAAACAAAUAUCACCAAUACCUUCUUGUGUAUUCAGCAGCAUUUUUCAACUUAAUUGUUGGACUUUACAUGUAUCCCUGUGAUAUUUCACUUUUCUUAUACAGAUUCAAUAGGUAAGGCACAUCUUUAAGUUUUAAAGUAAGCACAGUUCGAAAUGUAAGUGCAAGUAGUAAAGUGCUUUCCAAGUGCAAAAUGGGUUGGUUUCAACUGCCACAGAAUUUAGAAAUAUAUUCAUCCACGACCAGAAAACCCUCCCAACAGCUUGGACCGCUCUCCUCUGUCCAGCUCUCACUCUGCUUCAGACACAACACAUAAACACAUAUCCCAUUGCUGUUGAACUCCCUUUCUUUUUGUGUGUUCUGUAAUAAGGAAAUUUAUAAUUUACAUAUUUUCCCCCUAAUAUCAGUUCUUCAUAGUCACAUAGUAGAUAAUAAAAGAAUGAGGCUCUGAGAGGUAAGUGAUUAAUUUGGAACUAAGAAGAGAUUUUCAGUCCCUAAACCUCACUGUCUUUUGAGUAGCAUAUUUGUAGCAGAAGCAUCAAGAAUUUUCUUUUGAGUUGGAAUUCUCAUUAGAGCAGAAUGACCUUAUUAGGGAGAUGUUAUUCCAGCCUAAAAAAAUAUCUGCCUGCUCUCUACCUCCAUCAAUGGCAAGUGUCUGCCCUCCUCUGGCCAAAGGGAGGAUGACAGCUACGAUUGAGCAAAUCCUCAGGACAAAAGUCAGACCUUGGAAUCUGGGAAAUAUGUAACUGCUCCAGGAUAUUAUUGCUUUUUAGUGAAUUCUGGUCUUGGCUUGGCCUACAACUUUACUCUGGGAUUCCCAGGGCAGCCGAGCACCACCACCCUCUUUGACCUAGGUAAUCUCUGAAGUCCUUACCAGCCCUGAUUCUAAGAAUCAUAAAGGAGGCUGUAUGCAAUGAUGUCCUGUAGUAAUAUAGGGUGCCUGAUCCAAAUCCACUGGACAUCGCCAUGUGGGGGUGCUAAUGUAAAUAGACCCCAGUUUUUGGCUCUGCAGCCCCAUAGAUACCUGUCAUUGCUCUUCUGAGCUACCUCAGGUGGCUCCUGUAUCCAGCAGCUCUUUCCAUUGGGUGAGCCCAGGUGGGGAUGGUCUUUACUCCCAGUUAAGCAGAAUGUCUCCAAUUCAGGAACUCUUGAGAGACUAAGCAACAGACAGAAGUGGCCACCACAUGAAAUCUUCCCACCUGACGUUUGGCUGCCAUUCCUCACAUGCUGACCCAAUGGAAAUGCUUCACUAGCUAUGCAAGGUAAUAGAGUGGGUUACCCCUGUUUUUUCUAGGUUUAAUUUUUUUCUUUUUAGUUUUCUUUCUUCAACUCAUCAAUUCACGAAGAAUUCGGUUUUCUGUAGGAGUCUCAAUUCAAUAUUUUCUCCAAAUAGGUAUCGUGGCAUAAGUUUUUUGAUAAUAAUUGGGAAAGGCAGGAUCUUAAAAUGGGGAGGCCAUGGCCGUGGGCCACCAGAGCUGAGACUCUGGAGCUGCCGUGAGGCUGACGCAGGGGAACCAUUCCCCUGCCGGCUGUUGCUGGAGGCUGCCAGUGGAGAGUGUAUUCUGGCUUCUGCUAUCCAAGGGGCUACCCAGAGGCUCCCAAGAAAAGCACCUUUGAUUGUGGCGGUAUGGGCCCUGUCAGUGCCAAGGAAACGCACCAUCUGGGGAAGAUCGACUUGCUCUGGGUCACAGAGGAAAUGUGGGAGCUGUAGGCAGAGGCUGAGCAAGCUGAGUGGUGAGUAGGCAGUGAUGGUCUCCUGCCCACCGUCCCUGGACCUCUGAGUGAGCUGCCCUGGAGAGCAAUCUGCUCCUCUGUGCUGUUGUCCAGGGCAACAGCAUCUGGGGCCAGAAGCUGACAGCUGCAUUGAUUAGAACAGUACCCAGGGACUACUUGAGCCUCCUCUGUGGGUAAAAAAAGCCAAGUGGUGACCUGGUGCGGUGGGCAGAACACAAGGCCCUGCCUGGCUAGCCCUCUCACUCUGCGACUAAUUGUUGUGCGUCCUCAGCCAAGUUACAGUACCUCUCUGGGUCGAGUUUGAUCAAAUCGGAUGUUCUUUUUUAUUAUGUCACAUUUAGCAUCAUUAGUUGGGAAGAAUUACUGCAUAAGGAUAUGCACCCUAGAUUGCAUGGUUUGGAGCACAGGCUGCAGUUAUACUGAUAAAAAUUUGGGAGUGUGCACAGUAUUCUACUUGAUGCGGAGGAGUGUGUGUGUGAGAAACAGAUCCUUAGAGGACAACGAAGGGAAAGAAGAGACGGAGGGUGGGGGAGGAAAUUGAAAAUAAGUUGGGCCUGUGAGAAAAAAUUGCACCAAAAUUUGUUGUGAGUUGAAAUUUCUGCCAAUCAUUCCAGCUGACACAGUGCGAGUUAGAGGGGUAGGGACUAUACAGGUCAUAUAGGUGCAAUAAUGACCUAUUAACCUGCCAGCCAGCUCAGGAAGGACAGUCCCAUUAACCUUCAAAGUUGACAUUGAAAACCACCCUCUCCCAGAAUCAGUGUCAGUCAUAGCUAUUUGCUGACCUCUGCUGGCCAAAAUAAAUAAUGUCUGCAUUACAAAAAACCGAUAUUUCUGAUGGCAAUAAUAUUCAUUUACCCAACAAAUAUUUAUGGAGCUCCUAUUAAGUACUAGACACCGUUCUAACACAGACCAGGGGACGCCUGGGUGGCUUAGUCGGUUAAGCGUCCUACUGUGGAUUUCGGCUCAGGUUGUGAGUUCCAGCCCUGGUUGGGCUCUGUGCUGCUAGUGUGGAGCCUACUUGGGAUCCUCUCUCUCUCUCUGACCUUCCCCUGCUCACGUGCACCUACAUGUACACUUUUCAUUUCUCUCAAAAUAAAUAAACAUUAAAAAAAAUAAAACAGACCAGUGGUCAAAAUAGACAAAGAUUCCUACCUUCACAGUAUUUAAUUCAGUAACAACAGUUAUAACAUCUAACGUUUAGAGUCCUGGCCAUGUAGGUGCCAGGUAUUUUAACUGCUUGGUUUUAUCAACUCAUUUUAACCCUCAAAUCAAUCCCAUGGGUUAGGUAUGACUCUUUCCCAUUUGCCAAUGAGGAAAUUGCUGCAGAGAGAGAGGUUGACUGAUUCAGCUGGGGUCGCAGAGCUGGAAGUAAUUGAGCCUCAUUUAAAUCCAUCCAUCUGGCUCCAGGACCUGUUCUUAACCACUCCAUACAUCCUCUUUACUGUUAUGUCCUAGUAAUUAGGCUUUCCUUCCUGCCCCAAAUAUUGUAUAGACAACGGCGUUAUUAUAU